AUGGUCACGUUCAGUGGACAAGGACUUCAAAAUUUUGGGCCCGGCCCAUCUCCCACCCAUAUCCCCUCCCUCUCAUCUCCCACCCGCGCUGUCACCCCCUCCGCCGCCGCCAGCCUGCCCCGCGCCCGCGAUCCUGGCCUGCGCCUCUCCCCCGCCGCCGGCCUGCCCCGCGCCCCCGCCCCCGCCCAUCCGCCGCGGGUCAUCUCCGUCUCCCAGCUCCUCGGGGUCUCGCUUGUCAACGCCAGCGCCGCCGUGCCGCGCGCGUCCGCCAUCGGCUCCGCCGACCCGUUUUCCACCGCAGGCGAAGACAGAUCGGCGAUCCGCCUGGCAUCCCACCGGCGCAGGCUUGCAAACAUGUAUAUCCGAGUGAAGCGUAACAAGACACCCUACUUCAUUCAAUGUGAACCAACAGAAACGGCUUUGAGCAUCAAACAGAAGUUGCAUUCGCUGAUAGACCAACCUCCUAUUAAUCAGCAGUUGCUCUUGUGGCCCAGCAGUGAUGUGCUUGAAGACUCAAAGACGCUGGCAGAUCAAAAGGCUGUGAAAAUGGUGAAAUCUUGCAUGGCUGAAAGGACAGAGAUGAAAAUUGAAGAAGGGAUUGAGAGGAGCAACGACAUGUGGAGAGGAGCAGAGCAUCUUGGCAAAUUCAUUUGUUGGGACCUAGAGUAGCUAAUGUGAUAUGAAGUUUAACUUGUAUGAAACUCAUGACUUUGUAUUUGAUGUGAUUUUGGAUGAAAACAUGACUUACUAUUUGUAUCGGUGUGCUGGAAUAAGUGCAGUAUAAUUUGA